AUGGGUAAGUCCCGAUCGGGCUUUGCCACCGGGUGCCCGGCCACCUCCGGGGUGUCCACACAGUCCCCGCGAUCCGGUGAAGGCGCGCGCCUCCGCCCUCGUUGUCCCCCACCUGUCCUGCCCCUGUGUGCCUCUGUGUCUUUGCUGGGUGGUCUGGCCUUUGGUUAUGAACUGGCAGUCAUAUCGGGUGCCCUGUUGCCACUGCAGCUUGACUUUGGGCUAAGCUGCUCAGAGCAGGAGCUCCUGGUGGGCAGCCUGCUCCUGGGCGCUCUCCUUGCCUCCCUGGUUGGGGGCUUCUUCAUUGACCGCUAUGGCAGGAAACAAGCCAUACUUGGGAGCAACUUGGUGCUGUUGGCAGGCAGCCUGAGCCUGGGCCUGGCUGGCUCCCUGGUCUGGUUGGUCCUGGGCCGCUUGGCGGUUGGCUUUGCCAUCUCCCUCUCCUCCAUGGCCUGCUGUAUCUACGUGUCCGAGCUGGUGGGGCCACAGCAGAGGGGAGUGCUGGUGUCCCUCUAUGAGGCAGGCAUCACCGUGGGAAUCCUGCUCUCCUACACCCUCAACUACGCACUGGCUGGUGCCGCCUGGGGAUGGAGGCAUAUGUUUGGAUGGGCGGUCGCGCCUGCUCUCCUGCAAUCCCUCAGUCUCCUCUUCCUCCCUGCUAGUGCAGAUGAGACUGCAGCCCACAAGGACCUCAUCCCACUUCAGGGAGGCGAGGUCACCAAGCUGGGCCUGGGGAGGCCACGGUACUCCUUUCUGGACCUCUUCAGGGCACGGGAUAACAUGCGAGGCCGGACCACAGUGGGACUGGGGCUGGUGCUUUUCCAGCAGCUAACGGGGCAGCCCAAUGUGCUAUACUAUGCCUCCACUGUCUUCCACUCAGUUGGCUUCCAUGGGGGAUACUCAGCCGUCCUGGCCUCUGUGGGGCUUGGUGUGGUGAAGGUAGCAGCUACCCUCAUCGCCAUGGGGCUGGUGGACCGCGUGGGUCGCAGGGCCCUGUUGUUAGCUGGCUGUGCCCUCAUGGCCCUGUCAGUCAGUGGCAUAGGCCUCAUCAGCUUUGCUGUGCCCAUGGGCUCAGGCCCAAGCUGCCUGGCCAUGCCCAAUGCCACCAGGCAGACAGGCCUCCCUGGAGACUCUGGCCUGCUAGAGGGCUCAGCUCUACCUCCAAUGCCGAGAACCAGUGAGAACCAAAGGGAGCCAGUCUUGUCAGCUGCUAAGAAAACCAGGCUGCAUCCUGGAGCCGGAGAACCCUCAGCCCCUCCCCUGCCAGCCAUGAGCACUUCCUUGCCAGCUCCCACUGUGCCCACCCCAGAGCACGCACCACUGCGCUGGACUGCACUGGUCUGCAUGAUGGUCUUUGUGAGCGCUUUCUCCUUUGGAUUUGGACCAGUGACCUGGCUUGUCCUCAGUGAGAUCUACCCCGUGGAGAUCCGAGGGAGAGCCUUCGCCUUCUGCAACAGCUUCAACUGGGCCACCAACCUCUUCAUCAGCCUCUCCUUCCUCGAUCUCAUAGGCGCCAUCGGCUUGUCCUGGACCUUCCUGCUCUACGGACUGACUGCUGUCCUUGGCGUGGGCUUCAUCUAUUUAUUUGUUCCCGAAACAAAAGGCCAGUCGUUGGCGGAGAUAGACCAGCAGUUCCAGAAAAGACGGUUCGCCCUAAGCUUUGACCAUGGGCAGAACUCAGCUGGCAUCCAGUACAGUCGCAUCAAGGUCUCUGCAGCCUCCUGAGGAGUCCAUCUGCCUGGAAAUUGUGGAACCGUGGUUUUAGCCAACCAUCUCCAGCUUCCUGCUUCACAGGCCCCAGAGCACAAGUUCCAGUUGGUCCUUUGGAAAUUGCCCCUGCCCCAAAGGAGGUCUUUUUUGCUGGGGUGAGAAGGGUGAAAGUCUGAAAACCCCAAACUCUUCAUUUUGAGUCGCAGGCUCUGAGGGUUCCUGAGGAUCUAUCUUCAUGCCUCAGUUUCCCCAUUGACUUUGCACAUUUCUGCAAUAUUUAUAAUGAGAACAUCUUAUGGAAUCUUCAUUGCACCAUAGGCUUUCUUAAACAAUCUCUAGGGUACCAAGUCCUGGCAGGAAGUCUCACCUGGUCUCUCCUAAAUCCAGCUGAGGAUACCAUACUCUCUGCUCUGUUUUUCCAUCUGGCUGAGACAUUUUGGUGAGGGGAAGCCUGCUUUUUGGCUCUUAUAUCCCAGUUUUGUUCAACCCAACUUAUUCUCUUACCCAGAAUAUUUUUCUUUCACCAGCAACUCUGUUUGGUUGACAGGAGGCCUGAGUUCUAGUCCUGGUUCUGUGAGUGUCAUUGUUGAAUAACCAUGGACCUCAGUUUCCCCUAUAUGUACAACAGGGGCCUGGGCCAGGUCAUUCUUAAGAUCUCUUCUGACUCCAGUGGCCUCAAAUUCUGAAUGCUGGUAACACAACAAUAAUCAACAUGGGCCCUGCCCUCAGGUUGCUAGUCAUCUUUUGGGGGGAUGUAUGUUUUAAUUAGUAGGAAAGCUAAGAAGGAUUCCAGAGCUGUGUGCACUAAAAUUUAAGAACCAUCACAGUGCAUGUAACAAGCACCAGGAACUGUUUCCAAGAUGGUGCAGGACAGUUUUGCAGAAAGGAGAUGUGUUUGGAGGCCCACAGCCUGGUUGUUGAUCUUGACACCCACUCUUGGCAGCUAAUGACCUUGGGUAAAUAACAGCUCCCUGAAGCCUCAGUUUCCUCACCUGCAGAAUGGGGAUAAUAUGCCUCCAGGGGUGUAUUUAAUGCCUGUCUCCCUCCAGGCAGGUCUUCAGCUGGUCCCAUUCAGCUAGGCAGGGCCUGGGGGAUUUCUGCUUACCCCCAGUCUCCCAGGGUCCCACCUUUGGGACAUUGUAAAUGGUCAUUCCUCAAAGGGUGAGUCAGAUGGAGCCUGAGCACAUCACAGAGCCCCUGAGACUCUGGUGCCUUGAGUUGUCCUCUCCUCUCAGUGUCUAGGUACUGUCUUAUAUCCAGCGGUGUGCUGGAACUGCCUUGUACUGGCUGGCGAAAACCGAUCGCUAAAUUUUUAGGAUUUUUGUGAGUCGGUUGUGAAAUACAGCCAUUAUAAAAAAUUAAAUUAUUUAAACUUACAAUUAAAUAAAUUAUAUUAAAACAAAGGUAAUUAAUACUGAGAACUCAUCACCUCCUAAUUAUCUUACUACAUUUUUACUAUUAUCUGUGCUCUUGAGGUUAUUUUCAUGUAGUGUAUUCUAUGCAGGAUGGAGGGGAGAU